AAGAAUCAGAACCAAAGGGAAAACCUCAAAGAAAACAAAACAAAAGUAGAAACGGUCUGGUUCGAUCUGUAUCCAGAUUCCACAGUUCUCUUUUCUGAAUGUGAAGAACAUUUUCCAUCAUGAGUCCUGGGGAAUCGUCUUCACUGUAUUGCUGGGAAAAGCUAAGACUGUCACAGUUGAUUGUCACACAGCGUUGCUGUUACUGUGUCCAGUGUUCUCCUGGUUCUGCUCACUUCACUCAGCAUCUGUCCCCUUAAGUAAUAAAGUAGAUUAUUAACACUGACUUCAGUGAGUUCUCAGUACCCUUUGGCGAUGGAGGGAAUGGAAGGCAAACCCUUGACCUCUGAGUGUCAACAGAGAGAGGAGGAGUUUGCUAAAACUCUGUGGGCCUCUUGGGUGAAUGAUGUGAGGCAGCCUUGCCAGAGUCUACCAGGGGCUCCCCCCUAACGUCCCUGUUCUUCCAGCUGCAUCUUCCUGGACCUGCUGCCCUCUCACCCUCUCCCUAAUCAUGGGCUGACCCAAGGCUGCCCGUGUCCAGCCCCAGCCCCUGCCAGUUUGUAUUUAAGGAGCCCUGCAUCAUUCUUGCAUUCACGUGACCAUUUCCAGCACUGUGGUGCCCGACCUUUGUGCCUGUUCUCAGAAAUAAGCCCUGGCACGUGUGAAGCAGGAAAGUGCUUGUCUCCCUGGCUGCUGCCCACACGCCACCAGGAUGCGCCAUCUUGAAGGAGGGUCCAGUAGGGUUCAGGACCAUACUUUGCUGCUGGUGAAAAAGAUAAUUCUCCCCAAACGGGGGGACUGAAAGAAUGAGCUCUCCCACCCAAUGGGCUUCCUGCCUGCAAAGGAAAUGCCCAGAGGUUUAUGGAAGAAGGCAGGAGGAGAGCUUGCCUCUUUUUCAUCUGCCCUUAUUCUUGGCUUUUUAGGAUGAUGGAAAGUUAUUGGGGUUCAGGUGCCCCAGACCAGCCUAUUGGAGGCUGACUUCUUCCAGGGCCUCACUCUCAGCUGGCUCUUCCACACGUGCUCAACCAAACCUUGCUGAGAGCCCCCAAAGAAAAACCAACAACAAUGUAUUCUUGUUCCUCAGAGAGAUCCCCCCAGCCUGAAGGAUUUACCUCUUCCAGGCGGAGAACAUUUCCCAUCCUGAGGUUUUUGGAAUUGCCUUGGAUUGCUGAGAAGAGCCGAGUGUAUCACAGUUGAUCGUCACACAAUAUCGCUGCCUCUGUGCACGAUGUUCUCCUGGUUCUGCUCACUUCACUCAGCAUCUGUCCACUUAGGUCUUUCCAGGACAGCCAUGGCCACCCCAAAGAAGCUGAUGAAAGCCAUCAGGGUCUUCGAGUUUGGCGGCCCAGAAGUGCUAAAGCUGCAGGAUGAUGUCCCUGUGCCAGAGCCCGGAGACAAUGAGGUGCUGAUCAAAGUCUUCGUGUGUGGGAUCAACACCGUGGAGAACUGUAUUCAAUCUGGGACCCACAUCUGGACCCCAGCUCUGCCCUACACACCCGGCACGGACGUGUCAGGGGUCGUGGAAGCCGUGGGGAAGCACGUGAAGAACUUCAAGAUCGGAGACAAAGUUUUCACCACCAAUACGGUCACAGGGGGGUACGCCGAAUACACCGUUGCCUCCCAGGACACGGUUUUCCUGUUGCCUGAGAAACUGGGUUUCGCUCAAGGUGCAUGCAUUGGCAUUCCCUAUUUCACGGCCUACCGUGCCCUGAUACACAAGGCCCAGGCCACACCCGGAGAGACUGUCCUCAUUCACGGGGCCAGUGGAGGAGUUGGCGUGGCGGCCUGCCAGAUGGCGAGAGCUUACGGUCUCAAGGUUCUGGGCACUGCUAGUACGGACCUGGGGACGAGAAUCGCUCGUGUGAACGGAGCUCACAAGGUCUUCGAUCACACAGAGACUGACUAUGUCGACAAAAUCAAGGAAUAUGUUGGGGAGGAAGGAGUGAACGUGAUCAUUGAAAUGCUUGCUAAUGUCAACCUCAGCAAAGACUUGCAGCUUCUUUCCCAAGGAGGACGAGUGAUAAUUGUUGGCUCCAGGGGCCCCAUAGAAAUAAACCCCAGGGACACCAUGAAGAAGGAGGCCAGCAUCAUUGGAGUCAGCUUGUAUUCCUCCUCCAAGGAGGAGUCCCAGCAGUGUCUGGAUGCCAUUCUGGCUGGCAUUGAGUCGGGCUGGCUGUGCCUAGGGAUCGGGCCUCACUAUGACCUGAAGCAUGUCGCCUGGGCCUACAAAGACAUGAAUGGCGAGGCGGCUUCGGGAAAGAAGAUUCUGAUAAUGCCUUCAUGACGCUAAGUCCCCUGAGGACCAAAGCUGCUCUGGAAACGCUUCUGCCCUGCCCUUCUGGGCAUCAGCAGUGCCUGUGCGGCCCUACCUUCCCGCCCCGGCAGUCUCCACUUCGCCAUUGUGGGCAUUCAUCAAUAAAGUAGGUUA